CCAAGAAGAAGAAGAAGAGAAGGACGAAGAUCUGCUGAGCGGAGGAUGAGAGGAAGAGUGGAGGUAGAGACAGACGUGUGAAUGAGCGAGUGAGAAGGCGGCGGCGGCGGAGGAGGAGGAGGAGGAGGUGGUGGUGGUAGUGGAGAAGGAGACGAUUGUCGUGAGGGAGCAAAUUCAAGACCAAUGUUUUGGAGGAGCGUUUCGUGACGGAAACUUUCAACUUUUUUUUUUUUUUUUUUUUUUUAAACCGCCACUCACUCGGCUUGUUGUGCCCCGGAGCCGGCCGGCUUUGUCUCACGACGCGGGCGUCUAUAAAUGGACUAAAACAGAGCCCCGCAGACGAUCUCUUCGCAUUAACCCAGAGCUCAUUACUAAAGAAUGGCGGCCAACAUGUAUCGAGUGGGAGAUUACGUCUACUUUGAGAACUCCUCCAGCAACCCGUACCUGAUCCGCAGGAUAGAAGAGCUCAACAAGACGGCCAACGGGAACGUGGAGGCCAAGGUGGUAUGUCUCUUCAGACGGCGAGACAUCUCCGGCAACCUCAACGCUCUCGCUGACAGCAACGCAAGGGAAUUUGAGGAGGAGUCCAAGCAGCCGGCGCUGGCCGAGCCACAGAAGCACCAACUCAAGCACCGGGAGCUGUUCCUCUCGCGCCAGUUUGAGUCGCUACCGGCCACUCACAUCAGGGGCAAGUGCAACGUCACCCUCCUCAAUGAAACCGAUGUCUUGGCAGGAUACUUGGAGAAAGAGGACUGUUUCUUCUAUUCAUUGGUGUUCGACCCGGUCCAAAAGACCCUGUUGGCCGACCAGGGAGAGAUCAGGGUGGGCUCCAAGUACCAGGCGGAUGUGCCCGACAAGCUGGCGGAGGGAGAAUUGGAUGGCCGCAUCCAGGAGAAGCUGGAGACCAAGGUGUGGGACCCUGACAACCAACUCAAAGACCCCCAGAUUGACCAGUUUCUGGUGGUAGCAAGGGCGGUGGGCACCUUCGCUCGGGCUCUGGACUGCAGCAGCUCCAUCCGCCAGCCCAGCCUGCACAUGAGCGCGGCGGCGGCUUCGCGAGACAUCACGCUGUUCCACGCCAUGGACACGCUGCAGAAGAACCAUUACGACUUGGCCAAGGCCAUGUCCACGCUGGUGCCCCAGGGCGGCCCCGUGCUCUGUCGCGACGAGAUGGAGGAGUGGAGCGCCUCCGAGGCCAUGUUGUUUGAAGAGGCGCUGGAGAAAUACGGCAAAGACUUCAACGACAUCCGCCAGGACUUUCUCCCUUGGAAGUCUUUAGCCAGCGUGGUCCAGUUCUACUACAUGUGGAAGACCACAGACCGCUACAUCCAGCAGAAACGACUGAAGGCGGCCGAGGCGGACAGUAAGCUGAAGCAGGUCUACAUCCCCACCUACACCAAGCCCAACCCCAAUCAGAUCAUGGUGCCGGGGAGCAAGCCGGGCGUGAACGGCGCCGCCGCCACCGGCGCCGCCGGCGCCGCCGCCGGCUUCCAGAAAGGACUCAACUGCGAGAGUUGUCACACGGCCCAGUCGCCUCAGUGGUACGCCUGGGGGCCCCCCAACAUGCAGUGCCGACUGUGCGCCUCCUGCUGGAUCUACUGGAAAAAAUACGGCGGCUUAAAGACCCCGACGCAGCUCGAGGGCGCCGCCCGGACCGGCUCCGAGUCAGGGCCGCGCAGUCACAUGACCCGCCAGGAGGUCCAGGGCCUGUCGCCAUUCACGCGCAACGAGGGCCGCGCCAAGCUGCUGGCCAAGAACCGCCAAACGUUCAUCCUGCAGACCACCAAGCUGACCCGCGUGGCCCGCCGGGUCUGCCAGGACAUCCUGCAGCCUCGGCGGGCGGCGCGGCGCCCCUACGCCUCCAUCAACGCCAAUGCCGUCAAAGCCGAGUGUAUGAUCCGGUUGCCCAAAGCCACAAAAACUCCCCUGAAGAGCAAGCUGGUCCCCCGACCGUCGCUGGCCAACAUCGUGAAGGACUUGGCCAUCGCCGCUCCUCUCAAGCUGAAAGCAUCCAGGGGACCCCCGACGCCCAUCAACAGGAACCAGGCCAGCCAGCCUAGAGCGGGCCAAGGCCUGCUGGGAAAGAGGGGCUUUGACAGCGGCUCGGGAACGGCCUACUCGGCCAACGGGAGGGCCUACACUUCAGGCAUGAGGACCACCUCGCAGUCUGUCAUCAAGCGUCAGAAGGUCAGCCAGGGAGAAGCCCCCAACCCUGUUGUCUUCGUGGCUACAAAAGACACCAGAGCACUAAGGAAACAUCUGACUCAAUCGGAGAUGCGCCGGGCGGCUCGGAAACCUCACCUUCCCGUACGGCUCAAGCUGCCGCCGCCGCCGCCCCCUCGCCCCCUGGCCCUGCCCUUGCUCCCGUCCAGCACCAGCGAACCCAUCGUCCUCGAGGACUGAAUGGCGAGCGAGCGGGCGGGCGGGCGGGUCGCUUUUCUUAACAAGAUAGCAGCGGUCUGUGUCCAUACUUUUCUCUUGAGAUUUUAUUUUUUUUUUUUGAGUUCCCCACCAAGGAUCCCCCCCGCAGCUCAGGCUUUGUAAGAUUUUAUUACAGGUCCUGAAUUAUUUUGUAACACCCCACUGGCUUUUAAAUGUGUAAUUUAAGUGGAAAAUAUUUUCUCCCUGAAACGUUUUUGGAUGGUAAAGCACACCGUGUGUCAAUGUGUGCGUGCGUCAUCGCUAUCUCUGCCCAAAGUGAAGCUUUAAACACUUCAAACUUUUCCUUUGGUCCUGACCAUUUUAUUCAUGUCCCAUACGCGGUUGGCCGGCAGGCAGGCAAGCACCGGACAGCUUGCCGACCUGUGCCAGAUAUCCCAGCCAGGCAUUGCAUAGCGUACAAUAACACCGGCUUGUUUUGUGCUCGCUUGAACAGCGGUACUAAACAAUAAUUGUUCAGGACCCUCCACUCUCUUUCACUUUUAUAUCUCAAAGCCCACCCCAAAUACUUUUUUACAAAGACAAUUGGAUCAUCAUAAUCCCUGGAUUCCACAGCACUUGGGGAUAGCAAUGAUUCUUUUUUUCUCAAGCAGCUUUGGUCCCAAUGUGGAGUUUAUCUUUCUCAAAAAAAUCAAAAAGAGGGGGAAAAAAAAGAAGAAAUGGCUGUGUUUGUAGCAAAUACCCGUCUGUAAAGAAAAGGCAAGUGGAUAACUGCAUUAUUGCAAAUGUUUUCUUUUUUCUACAAACUGAAGUACAUCACUGAAGUACAGUUAGGUUGUUGUUGUUGCAAAUUUUGAGAUGUCAUUGGGCAGGGGGGCAGACCCUUCAAAAAAAGAGUGUGUGUGUGUGUGUGUCUCUGUGUGUGUGUGUGUGUGUGUGUUGGUGGGGGGAUAAUGACAUUUUGUAUAGGCAGCAAGAGAAAUAUGCGACAAAUGUUUUUUUAUGAUUAUUCCAGCGUCUCUUCAUCCUGUAAUCUUUCUUGAUGACAAAAGAAAUAAAGUUUCUUUUUCUUUUUGGUCACGCA